ACUCCGCUUUGCAGCCGCGCCGGGGCAUGGACUACAGCUCCCAGCAAGCCGCGGGAGCGGCAGCGUGUGAGCCCCGGAGGGCGGGCGGCGUGCGCCGGGCUUUCUCUCCGGUGCCUGGCCGGGAGGCGCUCGCCGCUGCCGCCCCAGCCUGCGGAGACCCGGCGGCGAGGCUCGCGGUGCGGCGCCCGCCAUGGCUCUGGUCUCCGCGCCGCUGAGGGUCUGCAUCGUGGGCUCGGGGAACUGGGGCUCUGCUGUUGCCAAAAUAAUAGGCAAUAAUGUAAAUAAUAUGCAAAAGUUUGCUUCCACAGUGAAAAUGUGGGUCUUUGAGGAAAAUAUUAAUGGGAGAAAACUGACAGAUAUCAUAAAUAAUGAACAUGAAAAUGUAAAAUAUCUCCCUGGAUACAAGCUGCCAGAAAAUGUGGUUGCUGUUCCAAAUCUUAACGAAGCUGUGCAAGAUGCAGACUUGUUGGUCUUUGUCAUUCCUCACCAGUUUAUUCAUAAGAUCUGCGAUGAGAUCACAGGACGGGUACCAAAGAAAGCUGUUGGGAUAACGCUCAUUAAGGGAAUAGAUGAAGGCCCAGAGGGACUCAAGCUGAUUUCUGACAUUAUUCGAGAGAAAAUGGGAAUAGACAUCAGUGUGCUGAUGGGAGCUAACAUUGCCAAUGAGGUAGCAGCAGAGAAGUUCUGUGAAACCACAAUAGGCAGUAAAAUCCUGGAGAAUGGCCUUCUUUUCAAAGAACUCCUGCAGACGCCAAACUUCCGAAUAACUGUAGUAGAUGAUGCAGAUACUGUUGAGCUUUGUGGUGCUCUUAAGAACAUUGUGGCAGUGGGAGCCGGGUUUUGUGAUGGCCUUCGCUGUGGUGAUAAUACCAAAGCUGCUGUUAUUCGACUUGGCCUAAUGGAGAUGAUUGCUUUUGCAAAAAUCUUUUGCAAGGGACAGGUGUCUAUUGCCACUUUCCUGGAGAGUUGUGGAGUUGCUGAUCUGAUCACAACGUGUUAUGGUGGCCGCAAUCGGAGGGUGGCUGAAGCAUUUGUUAAAACUGGGAAGUCCAUUGAAGAACUGGAGCAAGAAAUGCUAAAUGGCCAGAAAUUGCAGGGACCACAGACUUCGGCAGAAGUAUAUCGUAUCCUGAAGCAGAAAGGAAUGGUGGAUAAGUUUCCACUGUUCACUGCCGUAUAUCAAAUCUGCUAUGAAGGGAAACCUGUCCAAGAAAUGAUAUCCUGCCUUCAGAGUCAUCCAGAGCAUAUGUAAAACGAAUUGUGCAAUUAUACUAAUGCAGCUUCCGCCUUUCAAAUUCAUAUUUGGGUUCAAGUGGAUGUAAGCAUAAGCUUCAUAAGAAACUGCACAUUAGGCAACCAUGUGAAUGUAUAUGAAUUUCUGUAGUUUUUUGAACACAAUUUAACAUUGUAGUGUACUGUCAUCUUGGUGUCUGUCAUUUUACUGGCUAAAAAGCAGAUGUUUUAAGAUAUACAAUGCAAAACUUGCACUAUAUGCAUAUAUAUAGUAUGCAUAAAAAUAUGGAUGCAUCUAUUGUGUUUCUACAGUACAAGAUACAAACAACAUUUAGUAAUCUUUCAUUCUGAAAUUCCUCUCUCAUUAAAGACCCAAUCCAGUGCACACUAGAGUCAAUGGAAAGAAUCCCAUUGGCUUCAGUGGGAAUUGGUUUGGGCCCUGAUAGCCCCAGUAGUGUAAGCUGUGUCUACUAAACUUGAUUUUAUUCUGUAAUACACAUCAAGACUUUUUACAUGUUUGCAUGCUUUUUGGCGAUAGUCAUUUUAAGCAAUAUUAAUGAAAAGCUAGUUGUAGCAGUUAUUCAAGGAGGGAGCAGUGGAAUAGCAUUUUAACUAACUGCAUUUAACAGUAUCAUAUGAUUUUUAGACAGUCUCAAAAUAUCAGACUAGUUCAAAUCAAUUUUUAAAGGGUAUUUAAUCUUUUAAGUGUAACAUAUUUUAAAAGGGUACAUUACCUCCCCCUCAAUUUUUAUCCCUUUCUGCUUUUAUUUUUGUAUUUCUGCAUUUCUCUCUUUCUCUUGCUGUUUCCAGGUAUUAAGCUGUUCUAGAAUUCUAUUAGGAAGGACAAGCAGAAGGAUUUUACCAGCACAGACUCUAGUAUAGGGGCAUUGUGGUUCAUUCAUGUGCUGUGUGAUUCCAUUUAUUUUAUUUUAGGCCCAUUCUUGUGCUAGCCGCUGCCCAAAACUGUCACGCUCUUCUAGCUUAACCUUCAGCUGCAUACCACACAUGGGGGGAUUUCCCAGUACUUCAAGUCUGUGUUGUCUGUUGUCAAAUGAAUUGUGCUCCUUUAUGCUAACUGCAUCCAUUUCAGUGCCUGCCAGUGACUGAUGUGUCAACUGUUCUCUAUUGACUUGAUCCAACUUCUACUGAAGUAAAUGGAAAAAGUUCCCAUUCUUUAAUUUGAAAGACUCCUGUGGGGAUUGGAUCAAGCCUUUUCUGACCAAUCUGCCUGAAAGCUUCUCAGAGGCCAGGCUGCCUCUCUCUGUUCCCUUUAAGGAAGGAGGGACUGGAAAGGUUAUGGGGGAGGUCAAUUUGAGUGCUUCUGUUGCACAACUGUUGGGGUACUGCUGGAAUAUCCUUUGUAGGAACAUUUUGAGGAAAGAUGGGGGGAUGGAUGGAUCUUUCUGGCCCAUGAUUUUAUUUUGUUUAAAAGAAAAAAUGAAAUCUAGCCUUAAGGAUCAGGUGUAUGGCUAGGCACGUGAAGGGACAACCCAUAGUUGAGAUCAGAGGAAUAAGGUUUGUCUAGAGACUGAUAGAAGCCAGCACUCAGCUAAUAAGAGAAGUAUCUUGCCGUUUGAAAUACACACUCCUAAUCCCUGAGCAAGAUAUGGAUUGAUCACUACUUGCUGUUACCAGCUGUGUUGUUUACAGGCCAAGAGCUUUGAGCAUGAAACCUUUAUGAAGCUUUAAGAUGUCAAGGUAUAGGCUUAGGAGUAUCAGUCACCCUUGCUUAAAGUGCAUUAUAUAGCUUUGGAUAUUUUUUACUCUGAAAUAAGAAAGAGCAGUAAGGCACCUUCACGUAAACAAAAAAAUAUUUCCGAACAGGGGCUGGCAUUUUGCAUAUGCCAAACCAACCAUUAUGUUUUAAAUUAUUUUUAGAAGAUCAUGUGAAUGUCUACAAAUAUGCAGGGCUACAAAAGAUCAUUUUAUUGGGGAUGUUUUGCCUUAUUUUUCUGAACAUGGUGCUGAAUAAUGGAAAGGGUUGGGGUUAGUUUGAAAUGUAUGGGGCAGUGGGAUUUUGAGAAUUAAAAUCUCUGAUGGAACUGAUCUGUGAGAAAUUUGUGCUCAGCCCAUUUAAAGGACAUUUUAGUAGUUGGAAACAUUGAUAUAUCAACGCACAUAUGAAGCAUACACUCCCCAUUAUAGCGUAACUCUCGGUGGGUUUGCUUAUGUUAAAUUAUACUUUAAAAAAAUCCACCAAAUUGGGUGGAUUUGACUUUGUAUUUUAUUUUUACAUAUAGUAUGUAGAAUAAUACAAUUUUGUAAGAUACAUAAAGGGCUAUAUAAGCUAAAAGUGGUGAAUUAUAUGUACUGUAGGAUGGGGUUUUUUUUUGUUUGUUCUCAUGUUCUUUCCUCCACUUAAGGAGUUGAGCAUUUUUAGAUCUCGUUUUUUAUGUAAACCCAAUCAGUGACAGAGCCAGAGGGAGGUUUGUUUAUUGAAUCAUUUUCUCAAAUCUACAAUCCACUCACUUCCCCAAUAAAAUGCAAAACUUCUGUAAUUAAGAAAUUUAUCUUGUUUUCAUUUCUGUCGAUAUUUAUUAUUCCACCAUUUCUAUUUCUUUGUCGUUGUUGCUUGAGAACUUUUGGCUUGGCAUUAUUUUUUUCAUUAAUAUUUACUACUAAUUAUGAUACUGUGAGAUAGAUAUAAUCCGCAUUAAAGGAUAAGGGACCAGUUCUGUGAACACUCUUUUGCUUGCUACUGGGAGUAGUCCCAUUAAAGACACUCUGCCCAAUAGUAAGUUUUUUUUUUUCAGGAUCAGGUCCUAAAUUUGUAUCUUUCUUGACUAACUUAUGAACAAAAAUCACUAAGGGAACUGCAGUCAGUCUUCUAAUACACCUCUACCCCGAUAUAACGUGACCCGAUAUAACACGAAUUCGGAUAUAACGCAGUAAAGCAACACUUUGGGGGGCAGGGCUGCGUGCUCCAGCGGGUCAGCACAUCAGCGUGUCUGGCUCUGACACGCUGCUCUGAGUGGCGUGUUAAGGGUGCCAGGCCGGGGCCGAGGGGUUGGAUAAGGGGCAGAGGGUCUUGGGGGGCGGUCAGAGGACAGGGAGCAGGGGGGUUGGAUGGUUCUUGGUUCUGGGGGCGGGGCGGUCAGGGGGCGGGAAAUGGGGGUGUUGGAUAGGGCGUGGGAGUCCCGGGGGGGCCUGUCAGGGGGCAGGGGUGUGGAUAGGGGUUGGGGCAGUCAGGGGACAGGGAGCGGGGGUGGAGGGUUGGAUGGGUCGGGGAUUCUGAGGGAUCAGUCAGGGGGCAGGAAGUGACUAUUAAUAAAGGAAAUGCUCAAGGCCAAAGCAAGUUCAAUAUAACGCAGUUUCACCUGGAAUGCGGUAAGAUUUUUUGGCUCCUGAGGACCGCGUUAUAUCAGGGUUGAAGUGUAGUACCUAACUAGCCCAUUACACAUGUACUGUAUUGUUUAAGGAUUGAAAAUGGAUACCUCUUUGAAAGCUUAGUAGAAUAAAUAUUUUGUCUUGGAA